UAAAAUAACGAGUAUGCUCAAUCUGUCCAAUACACCUGGGUGGUAUUUUGUAUUUGGUCUCUAUCCGUUAAAAUUAUCUAUCUAUACCAUUAUUGUGAAGGAAAAUCCACGGGAGGAGUCAGAUCCGUCCGUUAGCUUUCUCUCCCGCCAAAAGACCGACGUCCAUUCCCGCCUAUAAAAUCCCACGUCCCAUACCGUCGCCAGCAAACCUAUCCGUCCCUCAAAAAGGACUAAAAUGGCAUCUUCCUCCAAAACCCUAGUCGAGAUCUCCCAGCCUGUGAAGCGCCUCAAAUCCCUACCCACGUCCCCGGAAAACCUAACCCCCAAAUCUUCCAUCUCCGCCCUCUGCAAGCCCUCUCCCACCGACGGCGCCUCCAGCGGUGGCGACCUCCUCCCACGGAUAUCCCCCUCGACCCUCACCCCAGACCAGAAGAGAAGGAUCGAGAUCAACAAAGCCCUAGAAAGGUCGAAGCGAAAUCUCCGGCUCUGCACCGAAAAAAUCGAGCGAGCCAAAGCUGAGGGGAUGGACUAUGUGAAGCUGGAGGAGAUUUUGGUGGAGGAGACGUGGUUGGAGGCGCUUCCGGGAGAGCUUCAGAAGCCAUAUGCCAAGAAUCUGUGCAGGUUUGUGGAGAGGGAGGUUCGUGGGAACGUGCCGAUAUAUCCUCCUCCGUAUCUUAUAUUCAAUGCCCUCCACUCGACGCCCUUUGAUCGAGUGAAGGCGGUGAUCAUUGGACAGGACCCGUACCAUGGACCUGGUCAAGCUAUGGGUCUUGCCUUCUCAGUGCCAGAGGGUAUUAAGAUGCCUUCCAGCUUAGUCAAUAUAUUCAAGGAACUUCAAGACGAUGUUGGUUGUUCUGUUCCAUCCAAUGGGAAUCUGGAAAGAUGGGCUGUGCAGGGUGUUCUUCUGCUAAACACUGUCCUCACUGUAAGAAACCAUCAAGCUAAUUCACAUGCUAAGAAAGGGUGGGAGCCAUUUACUGAUGCUGUGAUUCGAACAAUUUCACAGAAGAAAUCUGGAGUUGUUUUUCUUCUUUGGGGGAAUUCUGCUCAAAAAAAGUCAAGAUUGAUUGAUGAGUCAAAACAUCACAUUCUAAGAGCUGCUCAUCCAUCAGGCUUAUCUGCUAAUAGAGGUUUCUUCGGAUGCAGGCAUUUUUAUCAGACAAAUCAGAUAUUGGAGAGAUUGGGCCUUUCUUCCAUAGACUGGCAACUUUAGUCCAGAAAAGCUCCUCCAUGUGCUUGUUGACUGAUUAUUACCGUCUUAUCAGCCAUGGACCUCCAAAUCUCCAAGGGUGAGGUCAACUUGUUUGGCCAAAUUCUGGACUAACUUGACAGUUUUGAUAGAUAUAUCGUUGCUAUAUGAUAUUAUAGCCUAAUUAUUAUGGCGGGUCAUCGCUACCUGCAAUUUUCUGAUCUCAAGGGACCUUCGUUUUGAUGAAUCUACAGUGCCUAUGUGUAUCUUGCUGGUUGGUUGAAAUUUUAAUUUAUGAUACUUGACAGUUUGCAUCCAAGAUUUUGGUAUCUGUAAUAGCUAUAAAUGUUCUGGAAGAAUGACAGACCCUAUGGGACUAUUGUUGUGGGGAUCAUGCUUUCAUCAACUGUACUAGUUUUUAUAUCAAACAUAUUAUGACAUAAGAUGGGAUGUAUAUCCAGCUUGUUUUAACGGUCAA